CUUAGGAAUCUAUCAUGGCUGCUCCCCAGGCGCGAGCAACCUCCAAGCACCGGGCAACGCGCCGCAUCUCCUCCUUCUUCUCGUCCGCUUCUUCCGCUUCCGACACCAGCUCUCUGGCAAACUCGGAUUCUGUGCGGUCAGCCCAGCCCUCGAGCCGCUUGGCCCCGGAGGACAGCAUAGCGGCAUGGCAGCCUCCACCACCACCCGCCCGCAAGCUCACCAAAGAGCGUGAACGCGUCGUCUCUCACCACUCUGCUCCCGCAUACCCACCACCGCCGCCUCCUCCAGCUACUAGCUUGACGGGCCCGCCUACUAUCACCCCUGUGCAUGCCGAACCAGCCAGCACCCUUCAGCCUCCCUCGAUUUCUACUACACCUCCCCUGCUUGCAUCGCAGCCUCCAAGCCGCGCCAACAGCCGACCGCAGACCCCUAUUACAGGGAACUUAAUAAUACCGGAAACGCUUCCUGUUCACACGCACGAUAAAAAGGCAAAGAGGAAGAGUUUCUUGUUCGGCGCGCGGGGCAGUAGUGACCAUGUCCACGAAGCAGGAUCGGGAGCACAAGGUCCGCUGGCGUGGGUAAUAGGGCAUCAAGGUAAGGUGCAAUACAACCUGUCAAUUCUGAUGGGGGCUGAGAAGGUACCGGAACUCUGGGACGAACACGGAGACACUUUCGUCUACUUGUUCCCGCGGAACUCAGGCAAAGGGCCCUCGUUCCGCGUUGAUUCUUCGAUAUACUCUUCUUCUCCAAGAUUAACCAAACUGGCUUUUGGUAGACUUUACAGCGAAGGCGGCGCGACCCGGUCUGUGUCUAAUCCUUUUCCACCACGGCUAUCAUCUCGACCGUCGUCUCGACCUGCAUCUCGGCAAACGUCUCGACCGGUUUCUCCAGACCAAAGCGUCCAGGAUAAUGAAGUUCAGGGGAGCUCUGAUGGUUCAAAAGGAUCAAGGACCCUAAGCGACACGACUGAUGACAUACCUACCGAAACCCAUCUGUAUAUUCCCAUUGCCUUGAGCACCGAUACUGCACCUACCUCUCCAAAUGCUCCAGAGCAGCAUCUCAACACUGCCGACGUGGACAAAUUGAUCGCUUACAGGAACUUCUUUGCAUUUCUCCUAGGCCAAUCGCUGGUGGCCACAGAGAGGAAUUCGUCCAUGUUUGAUAUCUUCCUGAGGAUCUCGGAUAUAUUGGAAUACUAUGAAUUCUCCAAUCUUGACGGUUCCUCCUAUGGAGAAGUCGCUGCGGGGAGUUUCGACAGUUACGUUGACGAGUUACACCUUGCAGACGUUCGCAAAAGCCGAGAGAAGACUAUCGAAGCCAUUGUGCUGGGUGAGCGGAUGCGUUCGACCAUGCUAUACAACGAAGGAUUCGUCCAUGGAGCGGGAAGAUGGGAGGAGAUCAAGAAGUGCAACAGCCCCAAAUUUCACCUGAUCAAGCCAGUCACUCUCAAUCGAAUAGAAAGGGCUUCUAUGGAUCUAGAAGACCGCCUGAAAACUGUGACUUCAAGAUUGGAGGAUUUCGAUUUCCCGUCCAUCUUCGCAGGUAUCAUGAACAGCAAAAUGGCCGAAGAAGGCAAAAUCGUUCACUUCGAGGCCUGGAAAACCGCGUUCUUAGCCGCCCGCAAACACGUCUAUUCAUAUUACAAACAUAAGUAUGGGUCUUGGCCGCCUAAAGCCUCCUCCAAGAAGAACAACCUGGAAAUUAGUGGCAUGAACCGACUCGUUUUACUGGAUCUCUACCAUGACGUUUCGUGCCUCUACGAUUUACUGGUAGAUCGAAACCAUAUGACCACGCGGACGGCCGACGGUCUAAUGGAAGACGAGGAAGCAGACGAUAUUCCAGCCGUGACAAUUCGUGCACUUCGUAAGGCCUUGAGCGAGUACGAUCGCAGCUCUCCUCCAGUCCAACCCCCAGUUCCUUUCGACGUGCCACGCUGGCCAAGUCUAAAAGGUGUGAAGAAGGACUAUGGCCUCGGAGACGAAAAGAAAGAUACCAAAGCACGAAACAAAAAGCUCAAGGAAGAGGAAAUAUUCAGAGCCUUGGAGAACUCGUACAAUAAAGAUUCAAUUCUAUCAACCCCGUUCCUGGACAGAUUUCGCGAGUUCGAGCGCAAGGCUGCUAAGGGAAAGACUCUCCAGGAGAUAUGCGACCUGCGGACUGGCCAGUGGAUGUUCAUGUACGCUGUCAUUCAAGCAUUGCCAAUGGUAGUGAUCGACGCAUCAGGCAUUCACUGGACCGAUGGAGUCGAAUACUUCCUCUGCCAACCGCCACGAUCUGGCGUUCCAUGGGCACGUGAAGAUCUUAGUGCGCAACGCAGCUGGUUUGGUGUAGCUGGAACCUCCAAUGUUAUACACCUGCCUGCCGAUGUUGUUGAGCACGGCGUUGAGGCCAUUUACCUUCGUAGCCACUGCUGGCAAAUGUCCCACAAAUGGACUGAGGGUAAGCCCAUGAUGGCUGCAGCUCUUCUAGAGACUAUGCAGGAUUCUCUCCUUCCCGAACCGGGCCUACUGCAGCCACCAGGCGGCAUGCGAACGGGAAGCCCUGACAGGCGACGCGAAAGCGUCAUGAAUCUUGGUCUCGAGGCGCUGCCCGUGCCAGCUGGUGCGGUGAAUCUGGCAAUGAGGCCCGCGUCAAGCAACGAUCCAACGAAAACUUUCGACGCUAUACUCGAGUCCACCGCGGCCGAGAAUGCUAAGGCUGAGAAUGCUAAACAUAAAAACAAAGGCAAGAAGAACAAAAAGUAGAGGUGGCUGUAGGAUGAGUGGGGUGCGUUAAGAGGCAUAGAGCCGUUUUCUUUGUCUACACGUCGGGUUUUGGUUCUCCUUUUGUAUUACGAUGCAUGGAUUGCGGGUCGGGCUUUAAAAUUAAUCAUGAAUACCCUGUUUAUCACAUUGAAUGGAUAUUUCGUAGAUUUCCUAUUGUCACGAGCAUAGUCGGAGCUCCUAAAAUAAUGUCUUUUAGAGGAGUGUCUGUUCAUGGUCGGUAUCUUCUUGCGUUAGCAUUUCAUAAAUGAUCAAUCAAACUUAUCCUCAGUCGUUCAU